AUGACAACAGCACAACCGGUCGCACCACAGACUGAACUUGUCUCUCCUUCCUACAAACCACAAGAGAUCUCCUUCCCACUACCAAAAGCACUCCACACAACCGCACAUGUCCAUUUGACCAUCCUAGAGACAUGUGUUACAGCAUUCCUGGCUACAACGACACCAGGCGAGUCCGGAGGCUCGCUGAAGCCGAUGGGGAGUUUCAUCUACGCCAUGCCUGAUCGCCAUUCCCCCCGUUCGGUCAUAUCAACUGUGUUAUACUCCUCCCCCUCGACGGAGGAAUAUACGUCCCGAGUCGCCAAGAUCCUGGCCCGACGGAUGAGCAUCCCUGUCUACGUGGGCUGUAGCAUCGAUCCUCGGGCCCUCGAGUUGACCGUUGAGGAGGAGAUGGAGGGAUUGAUAGUGAGUAGAUUCGGUAUCACUGGCUCGGAUAGGCAUCGUCUGAAUGAGAUGGCCCGCUCCGGUCCCAUUGUCACGAAUAAAGCUGCUGCUGCCUGCUUGCCGAGUUCCGAUAGGGCUUUGCACUCUCAGCUCUGUAAACAUGAGACACAUCUGCUGGGACCAGAACUACUUGUCAAGUUGGUUGAGAUUCGAAGCGAACGACAAGUUCAGACUAGUGCUGAGAUUGGCCCGAUGUAA